UUCGCGUCAUAAAGUGAUCCUUUGAUGCCCAAUCACGAACCAUGCAGAUCCUUAUGAAGCAUUCGAGUCUCACAUUAUCGCAUAUCAUGAGGUAGCUGGCCCCCGGGUGCUACUUGCGGAAGGUUCCCACUAUCGUUCACACCUCUUCUCCUUCUGACCCUCGUUUCAUAAAACCACCCUGGCUUCUGAUUUUCUCAACCAUGAUGGAUCUCACUGCACUUAUCUCUUUUUUCUCAGCCUGUGUCAUGGCAGUUCCCGCACUUUCUGCACGAAGGAGGACAUUUAAAUCACUCCCUGGACUUGUAGCGAACUCGGAUGUAGUGAUAUCGAUAGCACAGCAAGUACCCAACUAUCCAGUACUGAUGCGGAGGAUUCGGACGCGCUCUAUUUCAGCUUCGCAAGGCUGUCACACUGUGGUAUACACUAUGUACCACUGGAAUAGCUCGAGCAACUUCAGCGAUAACAUAGGAUCGUAUGCCUCUGGCGGUGUUCUUGUUCGCUCUGGGAUCGAGGGUCGUAGAUGGAAGUCGACUGCUACCAUGAUCAAAAUGUAAAGUAACUGGAUGUAAUACGACACGUCCGGAGUCGGGGAAUGGAUAGGAAUGGAUCCGUAAAGUAUCAAUGCGGAAGGAAGUAAG